AUGGCGAUCCCCCAAAAGUCCUCCUACUACGAUCGCAACCUCCGUCAAGGACCCGCCCUGAUCAGAGCGCGCAAGCCCUACCUCGCAAAGAACCUCGCCGUCGGUGCCGGACUGUGGUGCUUCGUCGGCGCAGUGUAUUGGUACACGAUCAAGGCGGUCGGCCAAGAUGAGUUUGAAGAUGUCAAGGUUCCCGAUGCUCCGAGGCAGCCAGCGAAGUCCAACUAG